AUGAAACGCGCUGCUGCAAUACUGAGUAUUGGAACCGAUCAAGUUUAUGAAGUUGACCCCGAUGAAUCUGGUCGAGUAACAGCUGAAAAUAUAGAAGAAAAAAUUCUAUAUUGUCAAUCAUUGGGACUCUCGGUAUUUUUUGUUGCAAUUACAGCCGGCACAACAGUUUUCGGUGCAUUUGAUCCUAUUGAAGAAGUUUCAGUUAUCUGUCGUAAAUAUAAUGUCUGGCUUCAUGUUGAUGGAGCAUGGGGUGGUUCGACAUUGUUAUCACCAAAAACAAAACAUCUUCUUCAAGGUAUUGACAAAGCCGAUUCAUUUACAUGGAAUCCUCAUAAAUUAAUGUCAAUUCAUCUUCAAUGUUCAGCUAUUUUAAUAAGACAUCUGAAUGUUCUCCAGGAAGCCAAUCAAAUGUGUGCUGGUUAUCUAUUUCAACCCGACAAACAUUAUGAAACGUCACUUGAUACAGGCGAUAAAACAAUUCAAUGUGGUCGACAUGUUGAUAUAUUAAAAUUAUGGCUUGGAUGGAAAGCUCGUGGCCAUUUAGGUUAUGCUGAACAUGUUGAAGGCUUAGUUGAGAAUGCAAAAUUCUUCUAUGAAACAUUAUUGAAACGUGAACCAUAUUUUCGAAUGGUUAUGAAACCACCAUUUAUUAAUGUUUGUUUUUGGUAUGUUCCAUCCAGUUUACAACAUUAUGAUCAAACAACACUUGAGUAUAAACAACGAUUGGAUAAAGUAGCACCAAAAAUAAAAGAACGUAUGAUGAACAGUGGUACAAUGAUGAUUGGUUAUCAACGUCUUGAUGAUUACCCGAAUUUUUUUCGUGCAAUCAUCUCGAAUCCAGCAACAACCAAAGGCGAUAUUGUUGCUAUGAUUGAUACAAUACAUGAACUUGGACAUGAUCUUUAA